ACGCAGAGUUUUCGGCUUUUAGUCAAUUCCUAGCUUCGCUAAAACCCUAAACCCACUCCCCACCAUCAUUCUUUGGUUACUUUUCUUCUUACUCACCCAUGGCAGACUCAAAAGACGCCGGCGAAGAAGCCCUACGGCGUCUUAUAGCAACAUUCCAACCUUCAUUCCUUGCACCCAAUCCCGCCCUCUCGGAAACUUCUCGUGCGGCGUCGCGCCAUCUCUUCUCCGCCCUCAGACCUUUCUGUCCGAAAUCGCCGCUCGAUCAGCUCCUCAUCGAUGGUUUCGACGCCGAGCAGAUAUGGCAGCAGAUCGAUCUCCAAUCGCAGCCUCUUCUGUCCUCCCUCCGCCGCCAGGUGAAGCACUUUGCCAAAAAUCCUGAGGAGAUUUCGAAGCUGAAGGUGGUUCCUUUGGGGAAGAAAGUGGAGAAGGAGCAACGAGAGGAUUGGGUGGAGGAAAGCGACGGUUUUGAUGAGGAAUUGGAGGAUGAUGAAGAAGGUGAGGGGAAGGGAGGAGAAGAGGGGAUGGAUAUCGAGGAUGAAGACGAAGAGCAGGGUCGAGAGAGUGACAAUGAAGAAGAGAGCGAGGGGGAGGAUGAGGAGGAGAAAGGUGAAGAUGGUGAAGCUGGUGAUGGUGGAAUUGAGGAUAAGUUCUUGAAGAUAGAUGAAUUGGCUAAGUACCUAGAGAAGGAGGAGGAGAAUUUUGAGAAAGCCGAGGAAGACACGAGAGGUAAGAAGGGUGCUGAUGAUGAGGAAAACACUGAAGAUGAUGAUGAUGAUGAUGAGGAGGAGGAGGAGGAGGAGGAGGAAAGUGAUGAGGAUGCUGAGUUUGGAUUUGGCGGCGAAGAUGCAGCAGGGGACAUGGAAAAUGCAAGGUAUGAAGACUUCUUUGGAGAUAAGGGAAAAUACUCAAAAAAAAUGAAAGCUCAAUUGCAUCAGGAAUCUGAAGGUUCCGAUGAGGAAGAUGAUGAUAUGAAAUUUAAGAAACAAAAUAAAGGAACUGCUUCUACUCAUCAAAAGCAACUGGAGAAAAUUCAUUCGAAGAUAGAGGAGAUGGAGAAAGCUAACUUAGAGCCGAAAACCUGGACUAUGCAGGGUGAAGUAACUGCUGCAAAGAGACCCAAGAAUAGUGCAUUGGAGGUUGAUCUAGACUUUGAGCAUAAUGUCAGACCUGCUCCUGUAAUCACUGAGGAGGUUACAGCUUCAAUUGAGGAUAUGAUCAAGAAAAGGAUCACUGAGGGGAAUUUUAAUGAUGUCCAAAAAGCUCCUAAAUUGCCAUCUAAAGUGCCACGGGAAGUUAAAGAAUUGGAUGACAAUAAAAGCAAGAAGGGUCUUGCAGAAAUUUAUGAGCAAGAGUAUGUUGAGAAGGAGGACCCCACUUCUGCACCAUUGUCAUUCAGAGAUGAACAGAAGCAACAGGCAAGCGUAUUAUUCAAGAAACUUGGACUGAAAUUGGACGCCCUUGCUCAUUUCAGUUUUGCUCCAAAACCGGUUAUAGAGGACAUGUCUGUUCAAAUUAAUGUGCCUGCUCUGGCAAUGGAAGAAAUUGCACCUGUGGCUGUCUCAGAUGCAGCUAUGCUGGCUCCGGAGGAGGUGUUCGAAGGCAAAGGUGAUAUUAAGGAAGAAACAGAGCUUACCAAGGAAGAGAGGAAGAGAAGGAGAGCUAAUAAGAAAAGAAGAUUUAAAGCUGCAGCAGUAAAAAGAAUGGGAAAGAAAGUGCAAGAGGGUGCAUUACCUAACCAAAUGAAUGUCAUAAUUACUUACGAGAUUGAGCCUGGCCAACAAAAACUAUUUGUUGACACCAGUUAUGCCUAGAUAGACUUUUACUCUUGUUGGGUACAAAUUAGAUAAUAAUACAUCCAUGAUUUUUCCCUAUCAGGCAGAGAUAGUUGGAUAGUUGUAGCCGCAAUGAAAACAUGGCUAAGAACAAAGUAUUUUAUUUGAUUUAUUUGCUGAAGCUGCACAACUGACAAACACAAGUUCAGGGGGACCCUGUGGCGGGUAAAGUAGAGACACUGGUGGCUUUUUGGUCUCAACCAUGACAAAUGAGCAAAACUUGUCGUUGCAGUGGGCAGAUGAAGAGCGCUAUGCGGCUGCCAUUUCCGUUGUUUCCGUUGUUCCUUUAGUUAUUUGUUGAUAUUUACGAAUUUGGUUAGGUUUUUCUGUAUGUACGGUUACUUAAUGUUAUUAUAAUCCAAGUGUUUUUGGUAACUAAGUCCAACCAAGUUGGCCCAAAUUCAACAAAAACCACUUUCAUUACACCGUGUAUACACGUGCGUUUCAAUAACGCAACACAUCCUUCUUCGUCUUCA